AGUCGUAAAACAUUCCUUUCUCUGACUGCGCUGCACUGGCGCUCCUUUGAAAGAGCAACUCGAUGUAUUAUGUCGAACUGUCUCAGUCCUGUUCACUGUUCACAAGACAAAAAUACGCCGGCAUUUUUUAAAAGGAAAUAUCUACGUCUCUAAAAGAAUCCGCCACAAUGGAUUCAAGUGCCAUCUUACAUCUGAGUCGCAUCAGAGGCAACUCUUACUGUUUGCAGAUAAUGAGGAAGAGUUUUUGGACACCUUCUCCAAUGAUUUCCUUGAUACCUUCAUGGAGCUAUUGAGGCGCCGUUUCAACACUCGUCGUGUUCACUCGAACAUUGUAUACAAUGAGUAUAUCUCUGACAGAGAUCAUACUCAUAUGAAUUCUACAAAAUGGGAGACAUUGACAGAGUUUGUUAAGUGGCUUGGAAGAGAAGGGUACUGUGUAGUGGACCAUACUGAGAAAGGAUGGUUUAUUACCUAUAUUGAUCGGGAUCCUGAGACUCUAAGAAGACAGGAGGCAAUGAAGAAGAAAGAUAAAAUGGACUUGGAUGAUGACGAAAGAAUCAUGAAACACAUCCAGGAACAGGUUGCACGUGGUGAAUCUCAUGGGUCAAAGCAAACAGAGUUCACUGAAUUGAAGAGAGAUGAUGAAGAAGAGAAGGUGACUUUCAGUUUUGGUUCAUCAGCCAGUAUGUCAGCAGGAGGUAGUCAAGAAUCACAAACCAUCCAAAAUAAAAAAAGCAAUAUUCUACAAGCAGCAGCAGCAGUUGGAACCAAAAAGAAAGAAGGAAGUAGCAAAGAGUCUGGAAAGAGGAAAUCAGCUUUGGAAGAAAUCAUGGAGGAAGAAGCAAAGAAAAAAGCCAAACUUGUUGAAAAGAAAGACUAUUGGUUGAGAAAGGGGAUCAUUGUUAAAAUAACUACCAAGAGGCUAGGGGACAAGUACUUCAAAAAGAAAGGUGUUGUCAAGGAUGUGAUCGAUCGAUACACUGGUGUUGUCAAGCUGAUUGAUCUAGGGUCAAAAGUCAAAAUUGACCAAGUUCAUUUGGAAACUGUCAUCCCAGGCAUAGGAAAACCCAUCUGUAUAGUGAAUGGUGAUUAUAGAGGAGUGACUGGAACGCUUCAUUCACUAGAUGAGAAGAACUUCUGUAUUACAGUCAAAUCAGACUCAGGCAAACUGAUUGAAGGUCAAGGUUAUGAAGAUGUCUGCAAAUACAGUCUAGAAGAUUCAUGACAUCCAGAGAUCUCCAUCACAUCAGAAUCAAAGAAUAUCAACAAACACCAAGUGUGUGGUUUUUUUUAAAGACUUUAUAGAGCUGUUGUUUACAAGACUUUUCAUGCUGACGAUUGCCAUGGCAUUGUUCUCUAGAUGUAUGACACAUCAUCAACAGUGGAUUUUCUAUUGAUAAAACCAUGUAGAACCCAUGAGAUCCAUAGAUGAGAUCAACCUUGAUCUUUAUUACUCUAGCAAUAUUUCACCACCCCAAGUCCUUAACUUUGCCAAACCUACUACAUAACGAGAAUGGGAUGAUGUUUUGAUUUGUUGCAUACAUGUACAUGUAAAUGAAAAACUUGGAUAAUCAAGAUAUAAAAAAUAUGAGUUUUUAAUGCUAUCCUAAUCCGGCAAGUGAUGCGAUAGAAUCCAAAUGAAUUCACAUCGAAAAGCUGAAAAUUUGUUUUUGUUUGUAUGAAAUCUGCAAGUCAUGAAGCCCCUUUCCCUGGUAUUCAAAUACAAUGAAAAUCAUUUUGGAGUUAUUGUACAGGAUGCUAUAGUAUAUUGCAGGUCUGUAAAGCUUCACUAUUUUUUUUGUAAUUUUCAGUUGAAUUGACCCCACAAUAGCCUCCCUGUUCCUUGGAGAUUUAAUGAAAAAAAUACACCAUAAAGCCAUGCAAGUUAAUCAUUCAGUUCAAACAAUGGCAAUAAUUUAAAUAGAUAUCAAAUCUUACUGUGAUUAUUGAGUUGUGACAUCAAUUUCUCAUUCAGUUUGGGACAUUGAGCACAAAAUAAGGUGGUUACUUAGUUACCCAGAUGUACACAAUAACAAAUUGAUAGACUUAGAAAAGUCUGCAAAUUCUAUUUAAGAAUCUGUGUAGUUCCCAUUUUUAAUCUCCUACUGCUCUGGCUCUGUACGUGGUGGUAAUUCUACCUACAUGUACAUGUAAGUUAAAUCUUAUGGAAGUAGAAUAUGUAGAUCCAUAACUCUUUCUUUUGAUAAUCUUGUCUAAACAAAUUUCUUUGACUUGGGCAAAUAUUUGACAUAUUGAUGGUGGACUUAGGCAAAGUUACCAGUAUUGUGAUAUUAUGAUGAUGUCAUGUAUAUCAUAUACAUUGUAGAUAAUUCAGUAGAAGUAAACAUGAGAGCAUUGAUAAGGAAAGACAGGAGUCUCAUAUAUGUAAACCUACAGCUUCCUAUCCGGUAUGUGUAGCAAAUAGCUGGCAUGGUAUUGUGCUACUCAAACUUGGAUAUCAAACCUGGCCGUUUUGUUACCUCACAUUAUAUAUUCAUGGUCAGAUUAUCUGCCUUAAAUUUUAUGAUACAUUUUUGAGAUAAACUGAUAUUCCAGUCAAUUUCCAAUGAAAUUGUAGUGUUUCUGAAAUUCAUGCAACGUUUAUGCCACCUUUGACCUCCACUGGGAUAUUGGCUUGCUGCCAUGCAAUGGUUGAGUAUGUGUUAUCAUGUAGAGUUUUCUCUUAUAUUAUUUUACAUUUGUAAAGCAGAAUAGGGCUCUUCGCCACAUCUAAAAAAGUUUGGACACUUACAGUGUCUACAAGAAUUAUUUGUACACUACAUACAGCAAUGCAAAAGUAGAAGAUUAAUUAUGUUGGAACCCCAAAAUACCUAACUUGGCCAUCAUAAAAUAUAAUGAAUUAUAUACAUGUAUCAUAUGAAAGAGGGAAGUAUAGCCAUUGUUUUGCACCUAGUUGCUAAUUGUCAUUGGUCAGGCAUGAAUAAUUAUGACUUAUGAAAUGCAAAAAUGCAUCUUUUCAGACCUUGAUGUGAUAUUGAAGCAUAGCAAGCAAUACUUCAAUGAUCAUGACUUAUUUCCUAUUUUUCAGAAAGAUGAGGUGAUAUGCUUUCAUUUGAUAUACAAUUCUUAAUAUUUCAGUCGCUUUUACGGAUUCAUUAACGAUUUUAAACAUAUUGCUGUCUGACUGCUGUUGCCUCAUUGACUUUUGUAAAUGGGUGUAAUUAAAUUCAUUUUUCAUAUUUCAUUUCCUGUCAAAAUAAAUAUUAAAAAUGGAAAGUAAAGUAUGGCCUUUAUUUUACUUCCAAAUAGUGAUCAGUCAUGCAUGAAUGAUUAUGAAUUGCUAUAUGCAACAAUGCAUAUUUUCAGACCUUGAAGUGAUUAUGAAGUGUAGGGUACCACGCCUUGUUGAUCAUGACUUACGGUAUUUCAUACUUUUUCUGAUUCUGAGAAAUGAGAUAUGCUUUCAUUUGAUAUACAGUUCUUAAUAUUUCAGUCGGUAUUACAGAUUUCACAAACGAUUUUAAACGAAUUGAUGCCUGACUGCUGUUGCCCCAUUGACUUUGUACAGGGGUGUAAUUAGAUUCAAUUUUAAUAUUUCACUUCCUGUCAAAAUAGAUAAAACAGGUGAAAAGGAUCUGAAUUUUAUAUGAAAUGAAAGCAUGUCAUCUCAUCUCUCAGAAAAAAAAGAAAUGUCAUGAUCAUUGAAGCAUAGCGAGUUACACUUCAAUGGUCACAAAAAGGUAUGAAAACGUGCAUUAUCACACUAAAUGAAUUAUAAUCAUUCAUGCAUGACUGAUAACAAUUUGUAACUAGAUGGAAAACAAAGACUAUACUUUUCUCUUUCCUAUGAUAUAUAAUUCAUUAGAUUUUAUGAGAGCCAGGUUACAGAUUGUUUACUUUGAUCAUAGUCCAUCCACUCAUUUUUCAGUGUUUUGAAUGUACAGUGUACAAAUAAUUCUUGUAGACUCUGUAAAUGUUUGGUCUAUUUCCUUCUUUUACUAUUUAUCAUUCAUCAUGGAGAGGCAAAUUUUCAGUGUCUUAGUUUUCCCCUUCUCAUGGUACUUGCUACAUUUGCAAUAAAAAAGUAGGUAUUGUGAAUAGAAAGUCAGCUGUUCAGGGGCUGUAUUUACAUGUAGUUAAUUGGAGCAAAUUCUUAUAUUUUUGCAUAAAUUAGUAUAAUCAAUUCAUAUUAAUAAAUUGUAUUAAUUAGGAAAAACUAACCAAACAGCCUUGUAGAUAUCAUUGCACACUGCCCCUGUGCAAAUUUUAGUGGUAUCCAUGCGAAUGGCAGCCAAGAUCUCAGGGGGGUGGAUCCCCCCCCCCCCCACUGAGAUAACCCAGCUCUAUUAGGGUUAACUUAAUUUUUUAUAAAAAAUUACAAAAAAUUAGGUGAUCUAUUAAUUUCGUACGAAUUUUCUUUUUUAUUUAUUUCUUUAUUUUUAUUUUUCCGCCCUUUUCUUGUUAGCACAAAAUCUCAAAAUCUACAUCAUCAAUUUUCUUCAAAAUAUCAUCAGUUAUAGGGACUUCUCAUGUCAUGUGUAUAAAACAAGUUCAAGGUCAAAAGGUCAUCAUGACGUCAUCUAGACGCCAUUUUGUAAAAUCACAUUAUCAAUCAUAUCUUCAUUAUCAAAAAUUAACAAUAUUUACAUCACAUUAAAUUCAGGUCAAGGGUCAACUGUCCGCGUCAAAAUUUUAAAAUGCUCAGAAUCACUUUUUGACCAAAGUAGAGUAUGAAUCAGGUCAUUUUAAGCAUUUCAAAAAUUUGCGCGCGCGCACGAUUACGUGCGCGUUCUUGCGCGUAACGGCACUAUACAACAAAGGAUCGCCAUUUUUUUUCAUAUCAAUGGAUUGAUAAUAUAAUUCUGAGUAAUUUGAUACAUUGAUCAACCUUCUACGACAAAUAAUAAUGGAAUUAGCUUCCAUCAAAGUUUACAGCAUGCGCGCGCACUAACCAUAGACAAUAUAUGUGCAAAAACAUGCCUAUACAAAAUUGAUUAUAGCUCUUCAGGAAAUCCGUUGACCCCCAUUUUUUAUUUCAAAUUCGAAUAGAGUAUGGAUGGGAGAUAUGAUUUCAUGCCACGUUUGACCCUUAAUUUCAUCACGACGUCAUCAAAAUGGCGUCGGAACUCAAAAUUUCCAUUUUACUACUUAUGACGUCAUCAUAGUUAUGCAAAUUUGACUCUAACUCCGUAAAGAUUGGUCAAUUUUUGCUCAGUUUUUUUAUAUGUUGUAGCUGAGGACAUACUCUUUCUAAUGUAGUGGCUAUAUUUACAUUCAAAGGAACGAAUCAUCCUGAAAAAUGGCAAGUUAUAGAGGCAUGUCAUUUUCGCUCAUUUUGUGUGCAAUCUCUAUGGGAAAUGACUUUUUCUAAAAACUGGAUUUUACAUUCCUCUAUUUCGCGAGCCAUAUCUCCUUUUCUUUUUUGUCGGUUUUCUCUGAGCUUGGAGUAUGUUGUAGCCAAGAUUCUAAGCUAUCGUAAAAGUGGUCUCCAUUUUCCAAUCAGAUGCCGGGAUCAUGCCCGUAUUUCACUUGCAAAAUUGGAUUUGAGAUCUUCUUAAUUUGCUUAUGUGUAAAGUCUAUGGGAUAUAGUGUAGCUUAAAGGACAAGUCCACCCCAACAAAAACUUGAUUCGAAUAAAAAGAGAAAAAUUCAACAAGCAUAACACUGAAAAUUUCAUCAAAAUCGGAUGUAAAAUAACGAAGUUAUGACAUUUUAAAGUUUUGCUUCAUUUCACAAAACAGUUAUAUGCACAUCUUGGGCGGUAUGCAAAUGAGGGAACUGAUGACAUCACUCACUCACUAUUUCUUUUGUAUUUUAUUAUAUGAAAUAUGAAAUAUUUUGAUUUUCUCGUCAUUGUCAUGUGAAGUGAAGUUUCAUUCCUCCCUGAACACGUGGAAUUCCAUUAUUUCAACAUUUUGUGCUUCAGGCAAAGAGGUCCUAAUCAUCAAAUUCGUAAAAAUUGAAAUAUUGUGUAAUUCAAACAAUAAAGAACAAAAGAAAUACUGAGUGAGUGACAUCAUCGACUCUCUCAUUUGGAUGUAACUGGCUCGUUCAUAUAACUAUUUUGUUAAAAUAAGCGAAACUUUGAAAUGUCAUAACUUUCUUAUUUUACAUCCGAUUUUGAUGAAAUUUUCAGCAUUGUGCUUGUCUGAUUUUUCUCUAUUGAUUCAAAUCAACAUUUUUCUGAGGUGGACUUCACCUUUAACCCUAAAUCUCCCGGGGUAUUUUGAUUCUUGUCAUUCCCGGGGGGGGGGGGGGGGGGGGGCAUUAUGGCCCCCCUUAAGAUCUCAGCCGCGGAUUGCGCGAUCACAACGAAAAUUUGCAUGAUGGUAGAGAAUGACUUAAUCUACGCAGUUGCAUUGGUAAAUUUCACUAAUUCAUAUAUUUUUAUUUUAUAUGAAUUAAUUAUGCCAAUUUAUUCAUGAAAUCAUACUUUUUGCUCUGAUUCACUAAAUAAAGCUCCUAGAAUGCUAUUUUUUUGUGAAAAUAUUCUUUAUAGCAUUCCUAACAAUUGUGAAUGAAAAAAAUUCUGGUACCAAGAACGAUUUCUUAUGUAUUUUAUUGUUUUUUAAAUUUUUUAUGUAUUUCCUUGUUUUUUUAUUUUUGUUUUUUUUAUUAUUUUUUCGAUGGAAAUCGUUCCAGACUUAAUUCUGAUCAUAAACAAAGCAAAAUUAAUUAAGUUUAAUCAGUAAAAGUAGAAAUAAUGAUACAUUUAUGAAUUUUGGCUAAAUACACAAUUUGCAUUGGAUUUGUACAUGAAAUCACGUUUAUGAGCAAUUUUGGGUCUGACAUGCACUUACAUAAUGUUGCGUAAUGUCGUAACCGCGUACCCGGGCGUCACAAAUUUGGUCUCCCCCGGGAGAAUUAGGGUUAAUUGGUAAGGCUUACAUCUCAAGGGUCCACGGUUCGAGCCCAAGGGCGAACAUGAGAUUUUUUUUUUUCUUAUUUGUUUCUUUUCAACAUUUCGCAUAUGGUCCUUUAUGACCAUUGCAAGGUAAAUAAGUUAAAAUAUUUUACAAUGAAAUAGAUUAAAAUUCCUUUUAAUAGGCCUAUAA